UUUUAGAGAAAAAUGAGUUUUUUUAGCUCCAACAUAUAACUAUCUGUUUAAGGAUAUCUCUAUUUGUGUUUGGCCCAAACUCUAGGUUACUUGACCUAGUGGUAAUAGGGUUAAAUUAGAAGGAUCUAGAUUCCUAUUCAAUGUACGAUUACUUUCCUUGUACGAUUGAGAUUCUAUACAUUGUAAUCCUCUAUAUAAAGGGGCCCCUAUUAUCAGUGAGAACACACAUCAAAUUCCUGUCAAUUUCAGUUUCUCUACAAAACGUUAUCAGCACGAAGCCCUAACCCUGAAAACCCUAAUUUCGUAACCUUCAAAAUCCUACAACCACCGCCCCACAUAUCGAAGCCCUAUUCCCAAUGAGCCCAGAACCGGCGGCGGAACCACCGGAACCGGCCGGAAAACCCCUGAACCGGCCGUCGGAAAAAUCGGACCGGCCCCUGCCCUGUGCCUGCCCCUGCGAGCCCUGCCGAGCAGCUGCCGAGACCUGCCGAGACACCUGCCGAGACCUGUGCCCGCCCCUGUCGACAUCUGCCGAAAGCUCCGCAUAACCCCCGCCGACACCUGUCGAGCACCUGCCGAGACCUGCGCACCCCUGUGCCUGCAUCUGCCGACAGCUGCCUAGCACCUGCCGAGCAUCUGCCUGCCAACCCUGCACAGCCCCUGCACAGCCUCCGCACACCUCCUGCACAGCCCCUGCAGCAACCCUGCCUAGCUCCGGCCACCAGUUUCCGGCCACUUUUCUGGCGACUUCCGGCAACCUUUUUCCGGCCACCUCCGUCAUCUUUUCCGGUCAAGAAUUCCGGCAUCUUUUCAAGGAUGAGUAACCUGAACAAGUUGAGCUUCGCUCCACUAGAGACAACAAGCGCAGGAUACCACAAGUGGGUCCGUUAUGUGCGCCAUCAUCUUAAGGCUGAUGGGAUCCUGAGUACGAUCCAAGAGCCAAGUCAGGACGUGCGUACUCCUCAACAAGCUGCUGCUUUUGAAGCAAAUAGAGCUACGAGAGAGGCGAAUGAGGCUAAAGCCAUCAUUCUCAUGACAAGGCACAUGAAUGACGCGCUCCAAAAUGAGUACCUCAAUGAGGAAGACCCAAGAAAGCUAUGGGUAGAACUCGAGCACCGUUUUGGCAACGUCCGUGAUUCCCUGCUUCCAGACUUAGAAGUGAGAUGGUCUAGCCUCCGCUUCUGUGAUUUCAAGUCUGUACUUGACUACAAUUCAGAAGCACUUCGUAUCAAGUCUAUGAUGGAAUUCUGUGGACAGAACAUCACUGAUACGAUGUUGAUCGAGAAAACUCUCUCCACCUUCCCCGUCUCUGCAUUGAUGAUAGCCAAAAACUAUCGGAUUGAUGUCAAUGCCAGACGCAUCAUAAGAUUUCAUGAGCUAAUUGGUGCCUUGAACGUAGCUGAAAAGCACGACAACAUACUUCUGAAGAACUAUAACUCCAAACCUGUGGGAACCAAAUCAAUUCCGGAGUCUAAUUAUAGUCGCGCCUCCAAGGGAGGACGCAAGGAGCGAAACCCUAAGAGUAGGGAUAAUUCUGGACGUUCUGGUCCAUAUUCUCGCCCUAAAGAGGAAGGAAAUCGCCAAGAUAGGCGUGCACGAAACCGUGGAGGUAAACGUGUGAAGAGAGAGAGAGGCCAAGCCUCCGGUUAUGGUGGUAACACCACCAAAGGCAAUAACCGUCUACAAAACGCUCCCAGAGCGCCUCGAUCAAGGGAACCUGACCAUAAUGAUGCUUGUCUCAGAUGUGGAUCAAGUGGACAUUGGGCAAAGAAGUGUACUGCAUCCCAGAACGUUGCAAACGCAUACAAGAUGUAUCGUGAAGCAAGGGAGGCAAAUUACAUGGAACAAGAAGAUCAAGAUGGAGAUCUCGAUCUAAGGGUGGAAGACUACAAGGAUCAAGACCCAGAAACUAGCGAUUUUGAUUAAGUCUUUUUAUUUCCAAGAGAUGUAGGCAAUUGUCAUAUAUAUUAUUAAAUACUUGUUACUCCUCAA